AUGUCUGAACGAAAGGUUCUUAACAAAUAUUACCCACCGGAUUUUGAUCCUGCCAAGAUUCCUAGAAGAAAAUUAGGGAAAGAUAGACAACAAGUCGUUCGUCUUAUGGCACCCUUUUCUAUGCAAUGUAAAUCAUGUACAGAAUUUAUUUAUAAAGGAAAGAAAUUCAAUGCCAGAAAGGAAGCUGCGGCUGGUGAACAUUAUUUUGGUAUCAAGAUCUUUAGGUUCUAUAUCAAAUGUCCCAGAUGUUCAAACGAGAUAACAUUCAAGACCGAUCCAAAGAAUUCAGAUUAUGUAGCCGAACAUGGAGCCCAAAGAAAUUUUGAACCAUGGAGAGAAGAAGAAGCCAAGAAAAAUGAAGGAUCAGAAGAUGAAGAUGAAGUC